GUAAGGAUAUAUAUAAAAAGAAUUCUGAGGCUUUCUUGCACUUUCAUCAAUAAUUCCCUAAACGCCAAUAACACACAUACUCUCUCUCUCUCUCUCUCGGUCUCUAUACUCCGACUAAAACUUCAUGGAAGGUGGCGGCGGACAGCGGAGCUCCGACGGGUACUUGCCUCCGGGGUUCCGGUUCCACCCGACCGAUGAAGAGUUGAUCGGGCAUUACCUCUUGAAGAAGGUUCUGAACUCCCAUUUCUCUUCACCGGCCAUUGCUCAUGUCGACCUCAACAAGUCCGAGCCAUGGGACCUCCCUGAGAAAGCAUUGAUGGGGGAGAAAGAGUGGUAUUUCUUCAGCGUGAGAGACCGGAAAUACCCAACCGGAUUGAGAACAAACCGGGCGACGGAAGCCGGGUACUGGAAAGCGACCGGGAAAGACCGGGAAAUAAUGAGCUCAAAAACCAACUCCUUGAUUGGAAUGAAGAAGACCCUUGUUUUCUACAGAGGCAGAGCUCCCAAAGGCCAAAAAUCCAAUUGGGUUAUGCAUGAAUUUCGUCUCGCCGGCAAAUUCUCUUACCAUUUCCUCUCCGCCGCUACUUCCAAGGAUGAAUGGGUGAUAUCAAGAGUUUUCAAGAAGACCGGCUCUGGCAACGGGGCUACCAUGCACGGCGGUGCAAUGAAGAAGACUUGCCCGAAUCCCGAACCCAGUUCCCCUUCCUCGGUAUCUCUGCCUCCUCUUCUCGACUCAUCCCCCUACCCCUCUGCCGCCGUCGCAGCCGACGCUACCGUCAGCUCGGCCGCUUAUGCGGACGGCGACGACACAAGGGAGCACGAGCUGCACGUGACCUGUUUCUCCACCAACAACCUCAACUACUGCUCCGCUUCAGCCUUUCCGAGCUUUCAGGAGAAUCUACAGGCGCCGUUCUUGAUCUCCCCUGUGGGUCCGUCGCUGGUUCAUCUCGUGGGGGAGGCAGCCAAUUUGGAUGGGUAUGGCGGUGGUCCGACACCAGAGGGUUCUGCCGACGUGAAUGCUUCAGCUUAUGUGUGGAGAUUCUGAGAUAAAAUUAUUCUCAAUAGAAUCUGAUAUAUAUAAAAUGUGCUUUUAAAAUCUCUUUUUGUUUU